UUAUUAUUACGCCACUUGGCAUUUUCAGUAUCAGGAAAUAAGAUGAUUGUGUGGUUUUUCGUACAGAAUACUGCGAAGUGGGAAGAAAUCAUAAGAAAUGCUUAAUUGGAUUGUGUCUUCUCCGUUAUGUUUGUAGGACAACAAUAGUAGAGUGGAAGGAACUAAGAAGUCGAAGAGUUAAGUGGAUAGAAGCCAAGAAUUGAGGCACUUAUAGAAGAACUGGAAACAUGUCCAUGUCGUUUUUAGCAUCACCCCAGCAGAGUUUUCUGGCCAACGCUCUGUCUUCAUCAACUCACAAGCUCAAAACCAAGGUUCCCACUUGUGCUCACUCCACCAUCUCAUGCAGAUACAACCAAGAUCACAAAGAUUCUCUCAGGAAAAAUGAGAACCAAUUAGCGAAGUUGGCUAUGGUUGCUUUGACAGCUGGGGUGUUGACUCUGGGUUCGGUUUCUGACGCCUCGGCUGCAAAGUCCGGCGGUAGAGUCGGUGGUCAAGCGUUUCCGUCAGCUCCUAAGUCGGCCCCUCGGUCGCCUCCUAGAAUCAACAAUAAUUCGAGGACAAACAUUUACAUAAAUCCUCGAGUUGCCCCACCUUUAGUUGGUGGCUACGGCUAUGGUUAUGGCGUGCCCUUCUUUGGAGGUUGGGGAUGGUCUCCAUUUUCAUUCUUUGCUCCAGGUCCUAGUGUGGCUGUUGGCAUUGGGGGUGGUUUUGAUACUUUAGUUCUGUUUAUGUUGCUUGGUGCGGUUGCAGCUGUUUUUCGGAGAUUUGCCAGGUCAAGAGACGAAGAUGAGGAUUACUAAUGAACUUAAAACCUUUUUCUACUAGUGUAAAACAACGUAAACGCAAAGGUUGUAAAACAUGUGAACUAACAUAUGACUAUUCUGCCUCAAUUUUAUCAUGCAGUGUAAUUAAUUAUAUUAUUUAUGCUACACCAUCUUUUCUCUUU